CUGAUUUAUUUUGUUUUGUUUGGAUUUGAUUUUUUUGGUGGUGUUUCAUUUCCAAUACCAUGCUCUUCUUCUCUGAUAAAUUUCCCAAAUCUAAAAGCUUGCACGGCGCCAUCGCCGCCGUCUCCUCCUAAUCGCCGCCGUCGAUUAUUGACCUGUGAAUAUAUAUACAUAUAUAUAUAUAUUGAUAAAUAGAUAGAUAGACGACGAGAAAUUCGGAUAUGGAGAGCACCGAUUCAUCGAGCGGGUCGCAGCAGCCGCAGCUGCCGCCGGGGUUCCGCUUCCACCCCACCGACGAGGAACUGGUGGUGCACUACCUGAAGAAGAAGGCGGCGUCGGCGCCGCUGCCUGUCUCCAUCAUAGCGGAGGUCGAUCUCUACAAAUUUGAUCCGUGGGAGCUUCCAGCGAAGGCGAUAUUUGGAGAGCAGGAAUGGUAUUUCUUCAGCCCUAGAGAUAGAAAGUAUCCGAACGGGGCGAGGCCGAACCGGGCGGCGACGUCGGGUUACUGGAAGGCGACCGGAACUGAUAAACCGGUUCUGACCGCCGGUGGGACGCAGAAGGUCGGAGUUAAGAAGGCCCUGGUUUUUUACGGCGGGAAGCCGCCGAAGGGUGUGAAGACCAGCUGGAUUAUGCACGAGUAUCGUCUCGCCGAUAAUAAGCCCAACUCUAAGCCGCCGGGCUGCGACAUCGCCAAUCGGAAGGGUUCUUUGAGGCUGGAUGAUUGGGUGUUGUGCCGGAUUUACAAGAAGAACAAUUUGCAACGGCCGGCGGAGCGCGACGACAUCGGCGAAAUGAUGGGGUCGAUUCAGGCGGCGGCGCUGUCGAUGCCGAUUGGGCAUCAGAGCAAGGCGGCGGCGGCGGCAGCGGCAGGGUACUGCGCCUUUCUAGAAAGCGAUCACAGUUUGUACGAAGGGAUGAUGAGCAGCGGCGGCUGUAUGAAUCCUCACGGCGGCGCGAAGGCGGCGCUGACGCAGCUCCCUUUACUGGCCGCCGCAGACCCUAACAAUCUCCUCCCCGGCGGCGGUAAGCGCGCCUUGCCGAGCCUGUACUGGACGGAGGACGGCGACCCGAACUCGCCGCCGACGAAGAGAUUUCUGGGAGACAAUUGCGACGGGAGCAUGGCGACUGCAGACGAGACGCCGCCGAAUUCCAUAGCCAAUAUUCUGAGCCAGCUGCCGCAAGCUCCGCCGCUGCAGAAGCAAGCGAUGAUCGGAAGUCUCGAAGACGGGGUUUUCCGGCAGCAACCGUUUCAGGUUUCCGGCCUCAACUGGUACUCGUAAUUAAUCAAAUUCGUAACUACUCACGCCCAAUUAAUUUUCAUCCUGUCCAAAAUUACAAUUACAAUUACAAAUUAAAAUCUAAAUAUAUAUUCAUAUAUAUAAUUGCUGCUGGAUAUUUGGGAAUUUGAGAUAAUUUUGUUCAUAUGGCUAUCCAAGAACAUAUAUAAAUAUAUACAUCGUUAUGUCAGGUCUGGUCAUAUCUUGGCCUGCUAAUUCGAUGGAAUCCAUUUUAGGUUUGGUGAGGCCGUAGAUACAUAUACAUAAUAUAUAUAUAUGUUUGUAUGUAUGUGUUGCUAUUGAUAUACUAUAAAUUUGAACUGUUCUUCUUUCAGUAUUCUUCGUGUACACAGUAUAUAUACACAUGCAUGUAUAUAUCUUAGUCAUUGCAGAAUAAAAUCAAAUAAAAAUGCCAUC